CCAAUCCCAUCAACUGACACGAAUGCUGCAGCUGUCGUGGAACGUGGAGGGAGGCGCUGAGGCGCGAAGCUGGCACUGAGUUGCUAGCUCUGCAUGAUAAAGGUCUUCAAAACGGAGGCCUUUUGGGCCCGUGCGAGAUGCGGACCACGGAACCCGCAGGAACACGCAACCGGAUGGUCCCAGAACGAGAUGUGAUUCUCGCUGACCAUACAUGAAAUGCUGGCGUGGCAUGAGCAUAUUUCCAAUAGGCUUACAAACCAGCAGCAUACGAGAAGCUGCUUGCAAGCGGGUGCGUGGUUCCCGCUGCGCGUGCCACGACACUCGCAAGGUUAUCAUCGCGCGCUCAAGUGGUCUCGCAUAGCAACAUGGCGGACUGGAAAGAACGGUUGAAGGUUGCGUUGGGCGGCGUCACCUCGGGCGGCAAAUUCGCGGUGACCGGUACCGUGGAUGGUCCGCUGCCCGAGAUCGCUAUUCGUGGUGUGGGCAAGCUGGCGCUUCCCAUCGAUGCCGGCCAGGCGGAGGACCUGGUCUUUGCGGGCAUGCCCGCGCCCUUCGGCAAGGGCUCCAAGACGGUCCUGAACCCUGCGGUGCGCAAAGCCAUCCAGAUUGAGGCGGCACGUGUUCGCUUCUCACAGGACUGGGACGCAACCCUGCGCCGCCUCACCGCCGACGUUGCUGCCGCGCUGCUGGGUGUGUACGGUGGCGCGGCGGCGGGAGUCGAGGCCCGGCUGUACAAGCUGCUGGUGUACGAGCGCGGCGGGCACUUCCGGCCCCACCGUGACACGGAGAAGGAGCCGGGCAUGUUCGGCAGCCUGCUGAUUCAGCUGCCGGUGGCGGGCGGCCACAACGGCGGCCGCCUGUCUGUGCACCUGCAGCAGGAGCAGGUUCUCUGGGACACGGCGGCAGCCGCUACGCCGCCCGGGGCGGUCGUCACGAGUGGUGGCAGCGGCAGCGACGGCGCCUCUGCUGCUGUGAAGCCGCCGGCUGCGGUGCUGCAGUACGCGGCCUUUUAUGCUGACUGCGAGCACGAGCUGUCGGAGGUGGAGUCGGGGCUGCGAGUGGUGCUCGCCUACAACCUGGUGCGGACCCAGGUGGGCGCAAACACUGUUGCUACUGCCGCUUCUGCUACUGCUACUGCCGCUAGCGAGGCCGCGGCUGGCCGGGCCGCGGAGGCUGAGGCUGCCGCCGCCAGCCGUGGAGCCGCGUUGCGGGCGUUGGCGGAGGCGGUGCGUGCGUGGGAGGCAGCAGGCGAAGACUCGCAGUCGCUGGUGGCGCUGCCACUGGCGCACAAGUACACGGAGGCAAGCCUGGGCUUCGGCGCGCUCAAGGGUGAUGACGGCGCCAAGGUGCGGGCGCUGCUGGACUGCCCCGAGCUGGAGGUGCACCUGCUGCUGGUGGACAAGACGGUGUACGGCGGCUGUGACCACUACUACUCAGACUCAGACGAGUACGAGGAGGCCGCGGAGACGGCGCCCAUGAUUAAAGACGAUGGCUGUUGGGACUGGGAGGUCAACUUCAUCUGGCACUCGCCGCAGUCUGGGAGGCUGGGCGCGCAUGUCGGCGACUUCGGUCUGGGCAUGAAGCUUAUCCAAAACAGCGUGCUGGGUGGGGAGCAGCUCUUUCCGGAGGACCGGCAGCCCGACCAGAAAAAGUAUGAGCCGUACACCGGCAACGAGGGCCCUAGCCUCACGUACUGGUAUCGCCGCGCGCUGGUGGUGGUGUGGCCGCGUUCCCGCAGCCCAAUCGACGACUGACCGUUGUGCCAGCUGGCAAUAUCUCUGAAGUGGUGGCUGUGCCCUACCGCCGUUGGUUCUAGCCCCGGUUCACCCAAUCAGUAUCGUGUUGGGGUUGUUACCAGGCGCGGGCAUCAGUACAAACCAACAGUCCACGUCGCUCGGUCGUCAGGACCGGUCAGGAGUGCUUGCUUGGUUGGGGUUGGCUGCAUGGCAAAACAUUAUUCUUGGCAAAUAUUUUGUUAGAAUUCACUCCUGGUAAGCCAUUGGUCGGGGCUAGGGCGGCAGAAUCAUGGGGCCGGCGGGGUGCGUGUAUGCUGUACCGUAAGUAGGUGCGUGGUGGAGUCUGGAGCAGGACAGGUUGAGCCUGUCCUCCCCAGCCGUCCGGUCUGGGUCCGUUGACGUAGGCAGCUAGAUGGGUUGAUUCUGUCUCAGCGCGAGCCCCAAUACACCGUCCUGAGUGGUCGUCUGUCCUAGCUAGGCGCAACUAAACACAUUAUUUCGGCACGUGGGGACUCGGCGUAAGCGAGAGCCACGAAUGGCCCUAAUACCGUGGAGGCAUGUCGCACCCGUGGAGGGCACUGUAAAUAACAAGUGGC